AUGCCUACGCGUUCGCGAGAGGCUGUCCGCGUUUGCGAAGGAAAUGCCCCCACUGCUCUGCGUUCACGGCCUAGCCUUCACGUUCGCGAAGAAGAAUUUUCACCCGGUCCCAGUUCACUCUUCGCGGAGGAUUUGGAUGAGAUGUUGCGCGGUAUCCCGCAUAUAGAGAAGCUUUUUAUAGGAGGAGAUUUCAACGGCCACAUUGGAGCGACGUUUGGGGCAUAUGAUGAUGUGCAUGGUGGAUUUGGUUUUGGAGAUAGAAAUGGAGGAGGAACGUCUUUGCUGGACUUUGCUAGAGCAUUUGAUUUGUGCAUUAGGAAAGCCGCGAGAGAGGUAUUAGGGGUCUCAAAGGGUUACGCUGGUAGUCACAAGGGAGACUGGUGGUGGAAUGGAGAGGUGCAAGGAAAAGUGGAAACCAAGAAAAGAGCGUAUUUGAAUCUAGUGGAAAGUGUAGACGAGGAGGAGAACAGGACGAAUAUGGAGCAUUAUAAGUUGGCUAAGAAAGAGGCAAAGCUAGUAGUUACGGCGGCCAAGACUGCAGCUUUUGGCCGUUUGUAUGAGGAACUCGAGGGUCGAGGUGGGGAUAAGAGGUUGUUCAGGUUAGCCAAGGCGCGGGAUUUGGACCAAGUGAAGUGCAUCAAGGACGAAAAAGGUAGAGUUUUGUCGAAUAAGGGGAUUAUCCGUCAGAGAUGGCAGACCUACUUCCAUAGUCUCUUGAACGAGGAGGGGGACAUGAGCAUUGUACUGGGUGAUUUAGAACUCUUCGGAAGUCGUUGUGACUUUCGGUAUUGUAGGAGUAUUAGAGUUGAUGAAGUUGAGGGGGCUAUGCAUAAGAUGAGUAGGGGGAAUGUGACCGGGCCGAACGAAAUCCCAGUGGAAUUUUGA